CAGCAGUAAGCUUGCAGGUUACGGAGGGCGUUCAGCGCACUAAUUCGUUCCAAAUCUCCAGAAUUGUUCACUCAUCGAUCCCUUUCCGAAGUCUUGAACUACCUCUUGAAAUCUCCAUCCGUGUAGUACGCUGAUUCUCGGUAAUUACUGGGUAAGACGCCUCUGGACCGUGGAGUACCCUAGUAUCUCAAAGUGGUGCAAUGCGCACCACAGUAUGCGUUUCUUCCUUACCCCAAUGGCACUUCCGCUUGAACCGACCCGCUAUAGCUCCUGAGCGAGCCCUUUUAGGAGCAACUCCCGCGAAUCGGCAUCCCGUCACACAGACAACAUUCGCCAGUCAUCCCGUCAAAUCUGCAGGACUUCAGCGUUCGUUCCCUAAGUGCAAUACUCCGUCAUCAUUCCAAUCUCCUCUCAGGCCUUUCUCAAAGGAAUUUCUCCCUUCCCGGGCUUCCAGAAUCUUCUCUCCGACGCCUUUUAGAAGCCGAAUUCUGCGAGCCAUGGCAUCCAACUCAGGUUCCAAGACCGUGGAGUCUGCUGUUACUAGCGCUGGCGUCUUUAACGAGGAUGGAUCCGCGAGAAAGAAGUUUCCAGAAUCGGGCUACUUGUCGCUCCAGCCGUACGAUCCUCCGGAAUGGGCCUCGCAUCUGAAACCAUUGCCCAGCCAGUUCCUCACUCUCGCACAUCGACCCACGCCUAUUCAUCGGUGGGACAUCCCAGAUCUCCCAACUGGCACAGAGCUCUAUAUCAAGAGGGAUGACCUCUCCGGAAUGGAGCUCAGCGGCAACAAGGUGCGCAAGCUGGAGUUUCUCCUCGCUGAUGCCCUCGCCAAGGGAGCAGACACGCUCAUCACCAUCGGUGGCAUCCAGAGCAAUCAUUGCCGCGCGACAGCUGUCGCCGCGCGAUUGGCCGGGCUUGAGGCGCACCUUAUCCUGAGGACGAGCAGGGCUCUUGCUGACAGCGAUCCAGGGCUGGAGGGCAACCUGCUGGUGGAGCGCAUGGUGGGGGCGAGGGUGCAUCUGGUUACAAAAGAGGAAUACGCCAAGCAUGGCAGCGAGCAUCUGGGGAAGGUGCUCGCCGCAAGGCUGUCAGCAGAGGGAAGAAAGCCUUAUGUCAUCCCUGUUGGGGGGUCGAACGCUCUUGGCACAUGGGGCUACGUGGAGGCAGUGAGGGAGAUCGAACAGCAGCUGCGCAGAGGAGAGGGGGGAGGCGCCCCUGGGUUUGACGACAUUGCCAUGGCAUGUGGCAGCGGUGGCACAUCAGCAGGGCUGGCUCUGGGCGUGCAUCUGAGCACGCUUGCUUCCCGAGUCCAUGCGUACUCUGUGUGCGACAACCCCGGCUAUUUCUACGACUACAUCCAAGGGCUGCUGGACGGAGUAACCUCCAAGCCUGGGAGCGUUGUGUCAAGGGACCUGCUGCGAGUUGUUGAUGUGAAGGGAGCAGGCUACGCUAUGAGCACCGAAGAGGAGCUCCAGCUGGUGCAGUCUGUGGCUCAAUCCACAGGCAUCGUGCUAGACCCAGUCUAUAGUGGUAAGGCCCUCAGAGGACUGCUUCAGGAGAUGAGGCAGAAUCCAGGGGAGUGGGCCGCGCGGCGAGUUUUGUUUGUGCAUACAGGAGGGCUGCUGGGAAUGUACGACAAGGUUCAGCAGCUGCUGCCGAUGGUGGGGGGGUGGGAGAGGAUGGCGGUUGAAUGAUCGGCAGAAGUGCCAUGUUGUUCCCACUCAAACGGCGUACAGGACGGGGUGAUUUCUGAGUCGACUCAAAAGUUACAGGACGGCUGCUGGGAAUGUAUGACACCUAGGUUCAGCAGCUGCUGCUUUCGAUGGUGGGAGAUUGCGGGAGAUUGGUGAUCUGAAUCACCGACCCAGUGGCUGGCAGGCUAGGCUUACUCAAAACGCAUACACCUAUCGGAGGGUUGUUGCUAGGAAUGUACGAUAAGCACCAGAAGCUGAUGCCGAUGGUGGGAGAAUGGGAGAGAAUGGCAGUUCUAAAAUUUUGACAGAAGUGACUUGGGGGUACUUCUAAAAGGGCAUACUGUAUUGGAGGGCUGCUAGGAAUGUACGACAAGAUUCAGCAGCUGCUGCUUCUGAUGGUGGGGGGGUGGGAGAGAAUGGCGGUUGGAUCAUUGAGUCAUACUACUACGGGUUCGCGUUCUUUUCCGUCU